UCUUCGUCUUGUUCGCUAUUUUGCUUUCACUUUGUAUCCGUUGAAGCUGCACUUUUUCAUUUUUCCCUCUCCUCUGUUUCUCACGACAUCGACACCUGACUGACUCUUAAAUUUUCCAGAAUUCCCACAACUAUUCCGUCAACAAAACAAUCAUAUUUUCACUACGUCCACUCUCAAAAAUUCUCUAGAAAAUUCCAUUACUUGCUGGAAACCAAACCAACCAAUGUCGGUCUCCGGCACCGAUACUUCCUCCACCAACAGCAGUAACAAUAAGCUCUCCUCAGAAACUCCAUUUCUCAAUCUAAAGCUCUAUGUUCUAAUCUCAAUUAUUUCUAUAUGCGUACUUUUAGUUUUUCUUAUUGUUUUCCUUUGUAUCCGCCUGAACCGCACCUCGCGGAAACGGAACAAAGUGCUUGCGAAGCAGAGCUCUGGUAUGAUCCCGUUAGUUUCAAAAGAAAUAGAAGAAAUUAAAGCUUUGGAUCGCGAAGUCAACAGCGAGAAAGAGGAGGUCAAAAUUGGAAAUGUGAUUAAGAAGAAAGAGAUUGAGACUGUUGUUGAUUUGGAGAUCGGAGAAGGGAAACAGAAGCAGAAGAAGAGUGCAGAAAGUGAUGACGCGUCUUACAGUACUAUUAGUGACGUGUCAUUGGUGGAGGCGCAACAGAAUAUCGGGUGGGGCCGGUGGUAUAGCUUGAAGGAGCUGGAGAUUGCGACGCAUGGAUUCUCCGAGGAAAAUGUCAUCGGUGAAGGAGGAUACGGUAUUGUGUAUAGAGGGGAGUUGGAAGAUGGGUCUGUAGUGGCGGUGAAGAAUCUGCUUAACAACAAAGGGCAGGCAGAGAAGGAGUUCAGGGUGGAAGUUGAAGCCAUUGGAAAAGUAAGGCAUAAGAACUUGGUGGGUCUUCUUGGAUAUUGUGCAGAAGGUGCUCGUAGGAUGCUUGUUUAUGAAUAUGUUGACAAUGGCAAUUUGGAGCAGUGGUUACAUGGUGAUGUAGGGCCUGUUAGCCCCCUGACCUGGGAUAUCAGAAUGAAGAUUGCCAUUGGGACAGCAAAAGGUCUAGCCUAUUUGCAUGAAGGUUUAGAACCUAAAGUUGUGCAUCGUGAUGUAAAAUCCAGUAACAUACUUCUGGAUAAAAAAUGGAACGCAAAGGUUUCAGACUUUGGAUUGGCUAAACUUUUGGGGUCUGAGUCAAGCUUUGUCACUACACGUGUUAUGGGAACAUUUGGAUAUGUUUCUCCUGAUUAUGCAAGCACAGGUAUGCUUAAUGAGGGGAGUGAUGUGUAUAGUUUUGGAGUUCUUCUUAUGGAGAUGAUUACAGGGAGGAGCCCAAUUGAUUACUCCAGGCCAGCUGGAGAGAUGAACUUGGUUGACUGGUUUAAAGGGAUGGUGGCUAGUCGUCGUGGAGAGGAGGCUUUAGAUCCUCUAAUUCAAGUUCAACCUUCUCCAAGAGCUUUGAAACGAACCUUGCUGGUUUGUCUUCGAUGUAUAGAUUUGGAUGCGAAUAAGCGACCAAAGAUGGGGCAAAUUGUUCAUAUGCUUGAGGCAGAUGACUUUCCUUUUCGUGCUGAACUUAGAUCGGUUAGAGAUAAAGAUAAUCCUGCGUCUCAUGCAGAUGCGUCCAACAAAGUUCCACACCCUACCAAGCAUGGAGGGGGCAAUGACGUAGAAAGAUCAAGGCGAAGAUGAUUACUUCUUGUCGGUUUGAAGAUCAGUAGUUCCAAAAUUCAUAUUAUUUUGUAGCAUAUUUUUUAAUUUAGGAUACAUAUAAAUAAUUAAGUGUAUUCAUUGUGCAUAUAUAUUACUUACUCCAGUCUCUUCUAUCCCCAUCUUCUGGACAACCCACAUUUUGCUGAUAAACUGUGGCAUCUGAGAGUUAAAACGACCCCUGUAAAUACAGAUCAUAUUUGAAUAUCCAAUAUUUCAGCUUGCUUGUCUUGAAGAUUGUAAAAACAGAUCAUAUUUGAAUAUGCGAUAUUUCAGCUUGCUUGUCUUGAAGA